CACAAUUUUGAAGAGGGGGAAUUUUCAUCUAGGUACAGAUUUUCUAGAGAAACAGUAGCAGAAAUUACAUAUAUGCUGGAGCCGUAUCUGUGCCGCCCAACACUGCGUUCUUAUGCAAUGACUGCACAUGAACAAGUUUUAAUGGCACUGAGAUAUUAUGCGACUGGGGACAAAAUGACAACAAUUGGGGAUACCAUGGGUUUCCAUGUUUCUAGCGUGUCCAGGAGUGUUAGGGAUGUGUCAGCCGCACUGUGUGACAUUGCUCCACAAUAUAUCAAAUGGCCCACAGAUCCAGCAGAGAAGAUGACCAUUAAGCAGGGAUUUUACUCCAUUGCCUCAUUCCCUGGAGUUAUCGGGGCUGUAGAUGGGACUCAUACUCGAAUCCAGUCCCCGAGAGAAUAUGAACAUACCUAUGUUAAUAGAAAGGGGUUUCACUCCAUAAAUGUCCAGGGAAUAUGUGACCAUACAGGGAAAUUUUUGAAUGUUUCUGCAAAGUGGCCAGGUUCGAACCACGACUCUUUUAUUUUCCGGAGUUCGGACAUCGGCAUUCAUUUAGAAGGAAACCAUCGGGGUAUUGAUGUGGACGGGGUUCUUUUGGGAGAUAGUGGGUAUGCCUGCAGUAGGUACUUACUUACGCCAUACCUGCGGCCUAGUACAAGAGCACAAAUAAAGUACAAUGAUGCUCAUGCAAAAACUAGGGGUGUCGUGGAAAGGUGUUUUGGUUGGUGGAAGAGGCGUUUUAUAGUGCUUCAUGAAGAAAAUAAAUGUGAACCAGGGCGGGUUGCAAAGAUAGCGGUGGCUUGUGCUGUACUGCACAAUAUAGCUCUUCAGAGACAUGAGCCAAUGGAAGAUGAUAUUAAUGGCCCAGGAGACAAUGGGGGAAAUGACGGAGCAGUGCAGGGUCCCAUCAAUGAUAAUGUCAGGAGAUUUAUCACAGAGCAUUAUUUCAACUGAGUGUUCUCAAAAUUUGAUGAAAUUUUAUUAAUGCAGCUAAAAACUGAAUAUUUAGAAAUGUCAACAGUUUUUCAAACUAAGAAAUACAACACAGAGAAAUUUCAUUUUUAAAAAUAUAAAUCAAGAACAAGAUGCCUAUGGACCACAAAGCUCACCAAAGACACUCUGACCUUAUUCUUAGUUUAUCAGCAGACCCCCCCCCCCCUAUAUACUUCUGUAUUUAACACUGAUCCCCUAUUGUAGUCUCAUCCUACCCCAGGAGAAAAUGAUUUAAACAAACUUGGAACGGAAACUAAGUGGACCGACAGACCAACCGACAGACAGCAGAAAAACAAUAUACCCUCCCUUCUUCAUAGGAGGGCUUACAUAAAAAUCAUUAAUGGUUCACUAUUCGUAUGAGAAGAUUUUAAAAGCCCCCCUUUCUUAUUCCUACAUAAAUAUUUGAUUCCCCACUGUGACCCCAUCCAACCCAAGGGUCCUCAUUUGUUUUUUAUAAUUCUAAUAAUUCUGAAUUUUUUUUAAUAUAGGGUAAAAAAUUGGAAAGUUUAGAAUGACAACGAUGACAACAACAAAGUAUGAUUAGAAAAAGCACUGACUUUGGCUCAUGUGUGCUAAAA